AUGUCUCCUAUCCCGUGGGAUCUGCCCGCCUGGGUGCCUCAGCGGUCAAGCGUUGCCUGCGCCCUGCUUGUUCUCACAUCAUGUGUGACAUCCACGACGCUGGGGUUCGAUGGCUCCAUGAUGAACGGUCUAAACAUCCUCCCAUCAUACACCGACUAUUUCACCUUGACCACGGCGACCAUGUCGCUCAACACGGCAUCGGUGUGGAUGGGCAGCAUCAUCGCCGCUUGUGUCUAUGCCAAAGUGCCGGAUUGGAUUGGCCGGAAAUGGGGACUGUUCUUCGGCGCCGUCUUCACCAUCGUCGGGGUCGUGAUCCAGACCGCAGCACAAAACAUUGCCAUGUUUGUGGUGGCUCGCAUUCUGAUCGGCAUUGGCACGGGCGCCUCGUCCAUCGCCGGGCCCGUCUACCUCGCCGAGACGCUGCCGGUGCGCUACAGAGCAUGGGGCCUCGGUAUCUUCUUCGACUUCUGGUAUGUAGGAGGCCUGAUUGCCGCGGGCGUCACCUACGGCACCGCGAAGAUGGACUCGACCUGGGCAUGGCGGCUUCCCUCGAUCCUUCAAGGUCUCUUCAGCCUGAUGUGCCUGUCGCUGCUCCCAUUCACGCCCGAGAGUCCUCGAUGGCUCCAUUCGCAAGGCCGGACCCAAGAAGCCCUGGUGGCUCUGGCGCAAGUGUGCUCGAACGGCAAUGUCGAUGAUCCAGCGGUGGUGAUUCAAUUCCGUGAGAUCUCCGAUACGUUGACAUUCGAGAAGACGUACGAGAAACCGGCGUUUAUGAAGCAGUUCGCCAACAGCGCCUCGACGCGCAAGAGGAUCUUCCUCGCCUGGACCGUGGCCGUCUUUUCGAUGCUCUCGGGAAACAACAUCAUCUCGUACUACCUCGGGCCGAUGUUGACCCAGGCCGGUGUGACGGACUCGACGACGCAGCUCGAGAUCAAUGUUAUCCUCAACGCGUGGUGCUUGGUGGUGGCUCUGAUCGGCACCGUGCUGAUGGAUAAGCUGGGCCGGAAAACUCUGGCCGCCGCGUCCACCGCAUUCUUGACCGUCUUCCUCUUCCUCAUCGGCGGCCUGACCAAGGCGUACGGCAACUCGACCAACCAGUCAGGCAUCUACGGCACGGUGGCCGCCAUCUUCCUCUUCCAGGGCGCGUACAGUUUCGGCUGGACGCCUCUGACGGUGCUGUAUCCGCCCGAGGUGCUGAACUACAGCAUCCGCAGCGUGGGCAUGGGCAUCUACACCUUCUGGGCCAACGGCGUCGGGUUGAUGGUCACCUUCGCCUUUCCGUAUGCCCUCAGUGCCAUCUCCUGGAAGACGUACAUGAUCAAUGGCGCCUGGGAUGUUCUGGAGCUGGUCAUCAUCUUGGUCACCUGGGUCGAGACCAAGGGCCGCACCCUCGAGGAGAUCGACGAGAACCUCGACGGCCAGCUUCACAGCGAUGUGCCCACGUUGCAGACCAUCAUGGGUGUCGCCCCGCAGGAGAGGGAGGGCAUUAUCGGGGCUUUAGAUCUGGGUGCCGCAAAGGAGAUUGAAGCCACUGGCACCGUGGUAGAGGUGUCGAAGGGCUGA